GGAAGCGCGUGUUUCGGUGUUUUGGUGCGAGCGUGUGUGGUGAAGCUGUACUUCGUGCGGGCACUUGGAGGGAAACGGCAACCGGGUUGAUUCACGGACAUGCGGACACACACGUCAAGGUGACAAGUACCGGAAAAAUGAAAAAUACAAGCGGUGCUGGGUGGCUGGACAGUCGGCUGAAACGAAGGGUGGAAGAGUAUCUGAGGUCCAGCAGUUGUGCUUAUAUCGAUACUGCAGCUAUGGCCGUAGAACUUCAGAGAUUGUACAGAAUGGAUUAUGGGAGGCGCAACAAGACAGCCUUCAGGAUUCAGGUAGAGAAAGUAUAUGGAGCGAUUGCAAAAGAGUCUGGGCUGAAUGAACUGGAGAGCAACCACUUGGCUAAGAGAGCCAAACAGAGCCAUGAUGACACUGGGGGUGGCAGCAGUACUUCAGAAGACUCCUCUGACUCUGAUGAGGACAUCAUUGAGAACAUGCCCUCAAACCACAUGAACAACUCCUUGAUGUCCUUGUACCUGAAGGGCAACCCUGAUGGUACCACCUCCUCACCCAGUGGGGAGCAGCCUGCAGGGAGCAGUCCUGCUGUCACAUCCCACCCUCACCACGCACAGGCCAGCUCAGCAACCCAGGUCUUCUCAGGGGGUUGGUUUAUCGACAAGGGAAGAGGCCCUGAGCGCACAAACGUCCUCAUUGACCUGUGUGAAGAUGAGGAAUCAAGUCCUGCAACAAAUCAGAAGCUCUCUGACGUUUCAAUGCUGGAGCCGGAGAAGAUGCCGAAGAAAGGGAAGGGGAAAACGUCAAAACGCAAACAGCAGCGUACCAGCAGAACUGAGAAAGACACCGUGCCCAGUUUGGUGAAUAAGAAAGCGAAACAGCAAGCAGCCGAACUGCAGUACUCACCAGUUAAGUUUGAAGACGUGGGCGGUCACGAGGAGACACUGACUGAGUUGUGUAAGCUUCUGAUCCAUAUGCGGCACCCAGAGGUGUACCAGCAGCUUGGAGUGGUCCCUCCAAGGGGCUUUCUCCUCCAUGGACCCCCUGGCUGUGGCAAGACCCUGCUGGCCCAGGCUGUGGCUGGGGAGCUGGAGCUGCCCAUGCUGAAGGUUUCUUCUCCAGAGUUGGUGUCCGGAGUCUCUGGCGAGUCGGAGCAGAAACUCAGAGAGCUGUUUGAACUGGCCACGACCAGCGCGCCGUGCAUCCUGUUCAUAGACGAGAUCGAUGCCAUUACCCCGAAGAGGGAGGUGGCCUCUAAAGACAUGGAAAGGAGGAUGGUUGCACAGCUUCUCACUUGUAUGGACGAGCUGAAUUCCAUGGCAGUGACAGCCCAGGUUUUGGUCAUCGGCGCCACCAACAGGCCAGAUUCCCUGGACCCUGCACUCCGCCGUGCCGGGCGCUUCGACAGAGAGAUCUGCCUGGGAAUCCCCGAUGAAGCCGCUCGUCUCAGGAUCCUGAAGACUCUGUGUCGAAAACUGAAGCUUUCCGAGGACUUCAACUACCAGCAGCUGGCACGGCUCACUCCUGGCUAUGUGGGUGCUGACCUGAUGGCGCUGUGCCGUGAAGCUGCCAUGAGUGCUGUAAACAGGGUGUUUCUGAAAAUGCAAGGCCAGUCACAGAGCCCAGUGGUGGCGCUGUCAGCAUGUGGACCUAAAAACGUGGUACCUCUCGCUGAGGAGCUGGCUCCUGAGGAGGAGAGAUGCACUACAGCACCCGUCGACGGCCACGCCGCAGUCGAGACAACGAGUCAGGAGAUGACGGAGAUUAAAGAGUUUCCUCAGGAAGAGUCGAGGCAGCAUUCACUUGUCUCUCCGGAGCCCGUCAAGGGGGAGCUGUGGCACCUGCUGCAGCUGCUGAAGAGCAGCGAUUCUCUGUCCCAGGAGCAGCUAGCCAGCCUGUCUAUUCUCAUGUCAGACUUUCAGGCUUCCCUGGCCAGAGUUCAGCCGUCAGCCAAGAGAGAGGGCUUUGCCACCGUACCUGACGUCACGUGGGAGGAUGUGGGAGCCCUGCAGGACAUCCGUGAAGAGCUGACCAUGGCCAUACUGGCACCAGUGCGUUCUCCAGAGCACUUCAAAGCCCUCGGGCUCAAGACCCCAGCAGGAGUGCUUCUGGCUGGACCCCCAGGCUGUGGAAAGACACUACUGGCCAAGGCAGUGGCCAAUGAGUCCGGCCUGAACUUCAUCUCUGUCAAGGGGCCGGAGCUCCUCAACAUGUAUGUGGGCGAGAGUGAACGAGCCGUGAGGCAGGUCUUCCAAAGGGGACGCAACUCUGCUCCAUGCGUAAUCUUCUUCGAUGAGAUCGACGCACUGUGUCCACGCCGGUCUGGCAUUGAUUCAGGUGCUAGCGUGCGUGUUGUGAACCAGCUGCUCACGGAAAUGGAUGGCCUAGAGAGUCGGCAGCAAGUCUUCCUCAUGGCCGCCACCAACAGACCAGACAUCAUUGACCCAGCAGUGCUCAGACCAGGACGUCUGGAUAAAACCUUAUAUGUUGGACUGCCACCACCAGCAGACCGCCAUGCCAUCCUGCUCACCAUCACAAAGGGGGGGACCAAGCCUCAUCUGGAAGAGAACGUAAACCUUGAAGAGAUCGCCGAAGAUGAGCGCUGCGACUGUUUCACUGGAGCUGACCUGUCCGCCUUAGUGAGGGAAGCAUCCGUCAAUGCCUUAAGGAGCCAUCUGAAGUCCAAAAGUUCUUCCUCCUGUUCUGGUCACACAUUCUCCAGUGGCCCUGUAGCAGACAUCAUGGUUAGCAGACAGAACUUUGAAGACGCCUUUACGAAAGUACGACCAUCUGUGUCCAAAAAGGACCAGCGGAUGUACGAACAGUUGAAGGAGUCUCUAACAAGAUAAGUGACCCAUCGCCUCGAGGACAUCGACGUAGAAAGCAGUUCAGUUGUAUUUUAUGGUUUAGAAAACAAUUCCACCAUUUUUACGUGUACACAUUUUAUUGGGGUUGUUCAUAUUCAGAAUACUGAUUUCAAGCCUUGGAUGAGAAAACUUUUCAUGUGGACAUAUCGAAAGCUCAACUGAACUACAAUUAAAGCAGUGGUAAGACAUGGCCGUCUCGUCUUCCCAGUCCUGUACAUGGCUUCUAGGCAAUGUUGCGUCAUUAGAACAGGUAAAGUGAUCACCACAGUAAGACACAGAAAUGAGUUUGUAAUAAAUCGUAAUACAAGCAGGUGUCGGGUACGUGCAGACCACCGGCGGGGGUUUGAUGACCGUGUAGCCUAAUGUUACUGAGAUGGGCGACAGCUGUAACUGGAGGACGGUAGCUGUAUUAAUUAAUCAUCACUUAGCUGCCCAUGUCGUCGUGACAACAGACAGGCUGUGCAGGAGUAAGAGUCUGCUGACCAUGUUAACACUCCUAAGCAAUACUUAAGGACAGAACUCUGCAAAAGCGGCGUGUUUGGGCGUGUGUGAAAGGUGUUUUCCCUUUAAGGCCCAAUUUAUACUCCAAAUGUCGGCUAGCAGACAGGUGUCUCUCGACAAUUUUGACGUCAUGAGAGCAGUGGCGCCCCCAAGGGGUGGCCACGGCCACCCUGAUACUAUCCCUGGCCCCCCCAGCCACGAGUCGCAUAUGCAGAAUAUGCUUCUGAUUAUGCAUAAUAUGCUUCUAUCUGAUAUCUGACAUUAGGUGCUAUUCAUUUAAAUCAAUAAUGUAUAUUUUUCUUAACUUUCAUAUUGACAGUUUUCCACUAGCCUAUACAGUACACUACAACAGCAGCAUAGAAUUCCCGAAAUUCAGUCAUGGCUUUUGGUUUUGGUGUGCCACCCCCAGAUUUCCAGUGGCCCCAUUUGCCCCCCCCCCCUAUGAAACAUCUCUGGGGGCGCCACUGCAUGAGAGACACUUUUCGUGUCUCCCAGGGCUUGUCGUGUACACGACACCAUUUUCUUAGCUGUGAUUGGAUAGUUGGACUGAAGGCACGAGGCGUUCGAGCGUUGCCAUUGGUUUUGCUUGAGAGCGUCGUUUACAUUCGUAAAAAGAACACUCGCCACUGUUUACGACACAGCGCGUGACGCGAAACGUUUCCAUAGAUACCAGGAGACGGUCAGCGACAUUGCGACAACUCGAGAGACACUUUUUUUGUCUGCCGGGAGACGUUUGGAGCAUAAAUUGGGCUUAAAAGCCUCCUACAGACUGUGUGAUGUGAGCCGUCUCAGAUGAAAGACGACUAGACGUGGCGAUAUUUUUGGUCGAGGCUCCAAAACGGUGGUCCUGCGUCGCACUGUGAGACCGGUUCAAAGACGGGCCGAUACUACGGUCUUGCGACAGUGUCGGAAACGUAGGACGACCAUCUCACAGUGUGACCGCUGCUACGACCUACGUCUACUAACCGACCAAUAGAAACGCAGCAGGAAAUGACGCACCGGUCAGCGCCACGCACAAGCUCUGCCGGCGCUAAACACAAACAGACUGUUAGCGUCUGUGACCCCAGUGCGAUGGAUUCAGCAAAACCAGCUGCGGCGACUAUUGGAGGGACUGGAUUCCUGCUCGGCGUCAUGCUGCUCUGCCAGCGGCGUAGACUGACUACGCGCGCGCUGAGGCGGCACGCACGCACGCUGAUGACGAUUUUACGGACUCGUGUCGUCGCCUGCGAUUCAGUGGCGUCAUCACCGUACAGUCUACACACAUCACACUUGAUGUGGUACAUCGCGCAGUGUGGCUUGCAAUAAACUUAUAGGGUUGCUAAAAUCACACAGUCUGUAUGUAGGAGGCUCUAGAGCAGGGGUGUCAAACUCCAGGCCUCGAGGGCCGCAGUGUCUGCAGGUAUUUGUUGCAACCGUGCACACCACCUGAUUGAACCGGUGUAACCGGGUAUUUUCUAGCCCGGUGCGGGAUUCGAUACGGGGUGUACUGCACCACAAGGCGACAUCACUAACCGCUCGGCUAAAGGGUCAGACCCGUUAGCUAGGGGCUAACGUGGCUUAUUAGUAGUUUACAGUCGUCACCCUCCCCGGAAGCGCGCCCUCGCGUUUUGUUCUUCCCGCGCUCCGAAGAGACUUCUGAGGAUCUGCACACUUCCGGAUCCCACCGCUGCCACCAAUGUAACCGCUUAUUUUCUAGCCCGGUGCGGGAUUCGAUACGAGGUGUACUGCACCACAAGGCGACAUCAAUAACCGCUCGGCUAAAGGGUCAGACUCGUUAGCUAGGGGACUAACGGGUCUUAUUAGUAGUUUACACUAGUUCCUUUCCCUCCUUGAUCCAGGAGGUGAGCUAAUUACUGAAACCAGGUGGUGUAGUGCACGGUUGCAACAAAUACCUGCAGACACUGCGGCCCUCGAGGCCUGGAGUUUGACACCCCUGCUCUAGAGAUUUAACAAGACAAGUUUUUUUCCCCAAGUUUUUGUGGGAUGGGCGACUCAAGUCUUGUUGAAACGCUACCCCAAGUCAGCCAGCCAAGCAGGAUUUCCUCUACAGACACCAAGACUUGUCAGCAUCCAGGUUGUUGAUGCUCCACAGCAGUAUCAAAUAUACGGGGGAAUCGACCUUUCUCCUUUGACCAUUGGGUACAAAACUGCUUCGAACUGAAAAUUCUGGACAUCAUGCAGCGUCCCGUUGGUCGGCUGCUAGUGUUCUGGAGCCAUUUGCUGCCACGUCAUGAAACAACAGCAUUGCUUUAGCCACAACUUUUUUUUUUUUAAAUUUUACACAUUUUAUCCUUUCAAAUGGUUUCCACACAUGCAUAGCAAAUAUAGGAGUUCAAACUUUUCUUCACAUUCGUUCUUGUUAGCCCCACAUGACUAAAAAGGGAAUAUAUGUAACAGUGUAAAACAAGCUUAAUUCGUGUUUGGGGGCCGUUGCUUUUAUUUAGAAAGCUUGCAGACAUUUUACCACGAAGUGGAGGCUACCCCAGCUUUAAAUGAGCUGGUUUUUAUUUAAAAAUAAAACGGCGCUUCAUUUGAAGGUAGUAGCUCUAAACACCAAGCUUUCCAGUAGUCAGCAGUUGAAAUUGAUCCCACAAUUGAGGUGAACUCUAUUAAAGAAAACUUUUACAUCAAGUACGAGGCACUGUGGUGCCGAAAAGCGGAUGACAAAAGCCGCGUUUCCACCCAAAGCACCCGGAACUUCCGGUGCCCGGAACUAAAGGCUCCUUCCGCCCAGUGUCGGCUGCGUUUCCGGCCGCGGUCUGAAUACCCGCGAAGUUCGGGCAAGUCAGUCCGCUCCUGCUCCGCAGCAAUAUUUGAACCAUCGCGAGAACAAAGAAAGACCGGUAUUGCGUGGGACUUCCGGAGUUCUCGGAUCUGUUUUGUAAUUAUUAAGAAAUAUUUCCUUAUUGCGGGCGUGCGACAAGUCGCGUGCAAAUAAUGUUUAAUGCGAGCAGAGCGUCACAACACAAACUACCGCGAAGUACUUCGUAUUUACCAAUUUGGGAAGACACGCCCAGUGUGACGUCACGUAUUUAGCACACAAACGCACGCCGAUAGUUAUGGACAGUCCGCCAGCCAAAGCUGACUUGGCGCGUUUUAAUUGUGCGGCAGUUAUGACGUAAUGAACGGCAGAGAAAAUGACCCUAGUGUCGCGUUCUUUCAUUCUGCCGAUGAGCUCACCACGUAGUCCUCUACAGUGGACUCCCUAGAUCAGUGUUUCUUAACCCAGUCCUCAAGGACCCCCUAUCCUGCAGAUUUUCAUUGUAACCCUGCAUAGGCAGCCCUGCUUGUACUUACUCGACCAAUCAUGUCGCAGCACUUAAUUAUGCAAGGUGUGCAACAUCUGACAAAAUUCAUUGCUGAUUGGUUGAAUAACUACAAACGGGUACCUAUUCGGGGUUGCAAAGAAAAUAUGCAGGAUAGGGGGUCCUUGAGGACAGGGUUGAGAAACACUGCCCUAGAUAGUGGGUAGGGGGUAGUGAAGGAUUUCGGACACAGCGCUGGUUUGCGGCUGCAGAGUUUUAAAAAUGGCCUUAAAAUAAAACGCUCCCGAGCACUCGACCAAUCAGAAAUGUUCAGUGCUAUGAACCCCACCCCAAAGUUCCUGUGCUUGCGGGGGGGGGGGGGGGGGGCGGUAAACUAAUUAAUGUUGACCCAGAUCCCUGCACGGAGUUCCCCAAAAGGUUGCUAGUUUCCCGGGGAAAGUUCCUGCGGUGGAAACGCGGCUAGGAUGAGCUCUUUGCUAGGGUGAGGAGAGCCCCACCAAACUAGAUGUGACCACAAGAUGGGAGUUCAUCUUCUUAGGGAGUGCAAUGUAAAAAUAGUUUUAAUUCUUUUGUGCAAGUUCUGUUUUUAUGCAACACAAUUAACUACCAGGAAGAACAGAAAACCAGCAGUUCUUCAUAGCACUUGAAGGGAGUGGUAGAGACAGACAAAUGUCUAAUGGUUCAUUUGUAAACUCAAAGAACCAGGGAGGGAGUCAAUAUCAUUUUGUACAUAGCAUCCGUUUACAAAUGUUAGGGACAUAACUGAAAAUAGGGCUGGGCAACAUAUCUAUUAUAUCGAUAUUGUGAUAUGAGACUAGAUAUCGUCUGGGAUUUUGGAUAUUGUAAUAUUGUCAUAUGGCAUUAAGUGUUGUCUUUUCCUGGUUUUAAAGACGCAUUAAAGUGAUGUAAUUUUCUGAA